AUGCCUCGCCCAGCAGCCUCACCGUUGGAGAGGAAGUCACGAAGUGCUGAAGAGGAGAACCCCUUUGCUGGGCUUGGCGUUCGCGCUUCAGCAUCGCCAAAGUCAGGAGCUGUCAUGGCACCAUCCUCCGGUGCUCUGUCAAGAAGACGAGCGCCGCCUAAUCAAAACAACGCCAUGUUCGAGUUCGACCCGGAGCUCGUUGCUGCUUUUCAACGCAACAUGAUGUUCUUUCGUCGUGUGUUCAGCCUAGACACCUUCCUCAGGCCCUUGCCAGCGCCAGUGGCACAGUCCAUUGCACGAAGCUUUGGUUUCUUCACAAGCAUCUUCACACAGUUUGUUGAUCCGAAGGGCAUUAAGAACGCACAAAAAGCAAUGGGCAUUCGAAAGGAUGACUCUAGGAUCGUUCGACGAAAAGAAAGCAAAGACGGAGUUUCGGACUUGGUUGGCGUAGAAGGCGACAACGCGCCAAUGGUGGGGCCCUUAGGGCAGCACCGCUCUGGAUUCCUCCAAACCGAGGCUCCAUCCGCCUUUUCCGCCUCUCUCCCGGUCGAGAUCGAGUGGGGAUUGGGCAACGAGCUUCUUAUUUGCGCUCCGGCCGCAUCCGUUGCCGCAUCCGUCGCCGCAUCUGACGGCGCGAAUGACGGCGCGUUUCCGGGAAGGUCGGACGGCCGAGAAGAUGACGUGGCGGAACACGGGUCGGCCGUCGUCAGCGUGACGUGGGCUGACACGUCAUCAUUUCACCGGCAGAUCGCAGCGGGGGCGUCGUCGCUGUACGGGCGACUGCAAGCGGCGAUUGCGGCGGAAAUGGCGGAGGAAGCGAACGACGCGGAGAUUGAUGAGCGACGCGAGAGGUGGAGACACGUCAGCAGGUGGUCUCGCCACGUCAGCAGGCUCCUCUCUCCGCCGUCUGCCCAGUCCACGCUGGCAGCUGCUCGCGCCUCCCCCCACUCCCUUGGGAUCUCCGCCGCUGACCCAUUUGCGGGGAUAGACGCUGAGGAGGAGUGGGAGGACGAGUCUGCGCCACGUGGCAUCAGCCAGGGUGAACUGGCAGCCGUCUGGGACCUCCUCCGCCUCUGCUUCCUUCCCGACCACACACCUGGCGCUGCUGACGUGGACAGUGACAUCGACACUCGCAUGGGUGGUGGUGCUGAUGUGGACAGUGCACUCAGGGGAGCAAGAGGAGGAGGAGGAGGAGCAGGAGGAGGAGGAGGUAUCAGAGGGAUGGAGGCAGGUGAUAGGGGAGGCAGCAACAGCUUCCGUGCCUCUCCGCCCUCCUCCUCCCCUCUCCUCCUGCCUCCUCCCUCUGCUGCCUCUUCUACCCCCACCUGUCAACCCUUCGUCUCCUGGCUCGCUCAAUACAACGCAUCGCUCCCCCCAUGCAACAUGUCCACGUCAGCACGCCUCCGGUCCUUGCGGGAUCAGAUGAGCCAAUCAGAGGCCAUACCACCAGAGGAUCUUGACCCCUAUUGGCCGGCUGUUGCUUCCUGUGCUGCGAUUGGCUGGAGAGACACAGCGACAGCUCUACUGCGUUUCCACUCAUCAUACCGUGAGGAUCAAGUUAUUCAGAGGGAGGCGGAGAACGGGCUGGUAGAAGCGGUGGCAGUGCUGCUGGCCGAGAUGCCGAUGCCGCUUGAGCCAAUGGCGGCGCGCGACGCUGCUGAGGUGUCGGCGUAUCACAGGCAUCGCGACCACUGGAGAAGCCGUCUUGCUCGGCUGAAAGCCAGCCCAUUCUGGGCGGCGGCAGAUGCGCCGGCCACCGAGAGAGCGCUGCUCGCGCUGCUGGAUCUGCUUCUGGGGAGCUCUCGGGCCGUUGAUGACGUGGCGCGCUCCCAUUGGCUGGAGCUGUUGGGGGCGCGGCUACUGCAUCAGAACCCACAGGCGACGGCAGCAGCACAGGCGUCGCUCGCACUGCAAUGCUGGCGGGAAGCGGCAAGCAGUGGUGGGAAGAGUGCGGGAGCAUCUCAGCCGUUGGAUGCCUCGGAUCUCGUCCAACCGUCGUUGGAUCGGCUCAUGCUGGCGUCCUUGUGCCAUGAAACAGAGGUGGUGGUGUCCAUAGCAUCUCGACUCCUCCCCUCCUGGUUCCUAGUGCAAGCGAUUGAACUUCUCUCCCUGCACUCACCGUCCCUCUCCGCUCUAUCAGCCAAUCAAGCCGCUGCAGCUGCCGCCCGAAAUGCUGCCUCUGCCGCCCAGGAGCCAUCCGCAGCAGACGGUGCUGACAUCAGCGGCCUGUCUGUUCUGGAUCUCUGCCGGGUGAACUACGCAAUGGACCUCCUAUCAGAUGCUGCCACGUGGCAGCUCGCCCUCCCCUACCUCGCUCCAUGCCCACCAGCAGAGCCCUUUAUAGAGCAAGUGCUGCUGGCCCAGCCACUCACACCCACCACGCACAGCAGCAUUGCCAAGACCCUUUUCCUCCUUGACUCGUACGCCCCUGCGUGCUACCCCUCUGCUGCGGCCUUCCUGUCAAGAUCUGCUGCCAUGGCAUGUUGGGACUCCAGAAGCAUCGCAACGUCGCGCCACGUGGCGAGUGUCUAUUGGAUGGCGGCGGCCGGCGCCCCAGCAGCAGCGCCUAUGGACUCCCUUGUCCUUUUCCUUGCAGACGAGCUGCUGGUGCCGGCUGUCAUGGGGAGGCUGCAUCUGGUGCAGGGCGCACCUGGUUCAGGCAGUGCCUCUCAGGGAGCAGCAGGAGGAGCAGCAGGAGGAGCAGCAGGAGGAGCAGCAUUGGAUGCUCUGAGGAGCAGCAGUGGGUCGACGGGACAGAGUCACUCACCUCUUGAAUACGUGCUCUCUGUAUGGGAGCUGGUCAAAGAGCUCACAGGCGGAUCAAACAGCCCAGUGUCGCCCUUCUUUCCUGCCGCCGCUGGUGCUGCUACACCUGAGCCAAUUCAAAGUAGCCACCUGGCAGACCGGCUAGUGCAGGCCUUGCUCCACACCUCAUCGCAGUACCCCCGUGUCUUCCUCGCUCUCUCUCAUCUCAUGGCUCGUGUGCUUCAGAACCGGUCUCUACCCUUCAGAGAAGCACACAUCUCGGCACUCAUUAGCUGCUUGCAACAAGUCUCCCCGGAGUCACUUUCGCAACAGCACGCUGGCUUUAAGAAUUCUCCCACUGUCACCGCAAGUGCCUUGCCUGACACGGACAGCCAAGGAGGCAUGGGGCAGGCAUCGCUAUGUGAUCAUUUGAGCAGCCUCAAGCUGGCACUGGCCAAGGAAUUGAGUGCCAAGAUCAUGUUCCUCUGA